AUGAAUGUUUGGAUUACUGCUAAUAUUCUUCUAAAUCUUAUAACAAUGAUUAAUUCAAUUUUAACAAUACUUAUUUGUUUAUUUGUUCUUAUAUUAAUUGUUAAAUUUCAUCGAAAAUCUCGUUCAGUACCACUUUUAUUAGCUGGUCAUACCUGUUCAACUUUAUUAAUUUCAGCAUUUAUGUUAGCAAGUAUGGCUACUGUUAGUUUAUUUGGUUAUAUGGGUAUUCCUUUAGAACAACAUGCAAAUACAAUAUGGUGUCGUUGGCGUGGUUUUUUUAUUCAUGGUUUUCUUUGUGCUCUUUACGAUUCGUAUAUGUUACAAGCAGCUUAUCGUCUUUGUCGAGUUGUAUUUUAUCGUCGGAAACAUUUACAUAGUUUUCCACUUUAUUCACUUCUUGUACCGACUGAAUCUCUUUUUGGUGUUGUUAGUAUAUCACCUGUUCUAUUACGUGAUGAUGUAAUUUAUCUUCCAAAUGAAUAUUAUUGUCAAACACCAUUUACAAAUAUCCCAGCUAUAACUUAUAUAGCUAUUCGUCUUUUUGUACUUCCACUUUUAUUUAUUGCAUUAGUUUAUGUAUGUUUAUUAAGACAUGUUCGACGAAGAAAUUCAUCAACAACAACAAUAACAACAAUGAAUAAUUCGAACUGUCGACGUACAAAACAAAAUACUAGAGAUUUAAUCGUAAUAAGAAGACUUCUUCUUAUGUUAGGUGUUCUUAUACUUCUUGGUUUACCAUCGAUUAUUUUUUUAAGUAUUUUAAUUAUUACUGGUUAUCAUAUUCCUGUUACAUAUCGAAUUGGGUGGUUAUCUGUAUCAUUUUCACUUGUUUUUCUUGCUUAUAUGCUUAUUCAACUAACUAGUCCAUUGAGAAAAACUGUAAGACGAAUUUUUCGACGUGAUUCACCCAAUCGAAAUCGGAACAAUUUAUCAAAUGAACAACAACAACCAUUAACUAAAAUAUAA